AUGGACCAGUCAAUACACCCACCUCGGAAAAUCCUCCUUGUCGUGACAACAGGAGGAUUCACCCAUGCAGCCCCCGUGCUCGAAAUCGGUAGAGCGUUAGCAUCGCGCGGCCACACCAUCGAAUUCGCAACGCUAGAGGGCCAGGAGGACUGGAUCAGGGACAAGGGGAAGUAUGACUUCGUCACAAAAGUAUAUCUCCUAGGCCCUGGCCCGACAGACGAGCAACUAGAAGCGCACUACCGCCGCUCACAAGCAUGGGAUAUCUCCAAGGGACUCGGGGCGUCGAUGGAGUCCAAGUACAUGUUUGACUCGUUCUGGCCGCAGACUUACCACGGUCUCAAGAGGAUGAUGAAUAAUCCAAUGACUAGGCCCAGUAUGAUGAUUGCGGAUUUCUUCGUCGACGCUGUCAAGGACAUCCACGUCGAGUAUCGGUUGCCCAUUGCAGUGGUGUGGCCUAACAUGCCCUUCCUCAUGCUACCCUGUCCCUACAUUCCCGGCCAGCCGGGCUUUCAGCUUGAAGGCACGCUUACCUCCGAGACGGCGUCUAUGUGGCUGCGCAUCAAGAACGAAUUGGUCGUGGUGAUGGGGCUGAGGGCUAUAAUGAAGUGGAUGAACUGGACUAAGCGGAUGCGUCGGGCAAACGGUGUCUAUAAUCCUCCACAUCAUCUUGAGAAGCCGGAUUAUCUGGUCUUGGUGAAUUCGUUUUUUGGGAUUGAGAUUCCGCGCGAUUUGCCGCCUACGUGUGCAGCGGUGGGACCGCUUCUAAGCCCUACGUUUACGCCGUUGAAUGAGAGUUAUCAGGCAUUUCUGGAUACACAUCAGUCGGUUCUGUAUAUCUCGCUGGGCACACAUGUCAUUGUGUCUCAUCAGGAUGCUGUUAAGAUCAUGGACGGCGUUGCGCGUCUAAUGCAAGAGCAGCUAAUCGACGGAGUCAUUUGGGCUAUUGGCAAGAACAGCCGGCAGGAUCUUGACGUGAACUAUACGUUCCAAAUUAAGGGCAGCAAUAUCCAAUCGAGUGAACUGAUGAAUAACAAGCACUCCGACUGGCUCUUCCCCUUCUUCGCCCCCCAGCGCGCCAUCCUAGACCACGACUCCACCAAACUCUACUUCACCCACGGCGGCGGCUCCAGCGCCAACGAAGCCCUUUACCAUGGAAAACCAUGUAUCUCCAUGGGCUUCUUCUUCGACCAGAUCGCAAACACCACCCGACUAGUCGCAGCCGGUGUCGCGGAAUCAUUAAACAAGUUUCACUUUACUUCUGAUGAAUUGUACACCAAGGCAAAACAGAUCCUCCAUUCCGACGGCGAUGGACAUUACCAGCGCAAUGUUCUACGCAUGAAACGCAUCGCACGCAUUGCCGCAAAGCGCAGAAACUAUGCAGCAGACCUGAUCGAAGAGCUCAUGUAUGAUAAUGAACUACGUCUUGAUGAUGACGGAAAGGAAUUGCGACCUAUGCAUCUGCAGACUGCUGAUAUGCGCAUGCCGGCGUAUAAGGCUAAGAACUGGGAUUUGUAUGCGGUUAGCGCGCUGGGAGGGCUGGCAUUUGUGGGCUCGAUUUGGUUUGCAGGGAGAUUGGCAUGGAUGUCUCGUACGAGUGCUUUUGAGGGUUUAAAGAGUGUUUUCAUGUAG